UGAUUUAGUAGUUAGAGUUAGUCAAAUGUAUGUUUUGUGCAGUUCAUGCAGCGUGUGACACGGCUAAUCUUCUCUAACAAAUUUGCCCUGCUACAGUGCUGUCACUUGAAAAGUGAAACAACGAUUUCUCAACUAACUGUUUGUUUAAAUGGAUAUAUUUUAAAUUCAAUAAGAAGAUAUCUCGUAACAGGUAGUAAGUAAGUCGUCGGACUAUUCGACCACUGUCGAAAUACAGAAUUAAAUAUUUGAAACGAGCGAAUAUUCUGAAGCACAGGAGAGCGAAACAUAUCCUUGACGGGUACCGACGGGAACAGCGACUCAAAAAUCAAAAUGGCGUCAUCUGCAGACGAGAAUGGCGAGAAUACUCGUUCGAUUUACAAUGGACUAUCUUACGGCGACAUGUCGUCUGUUUUUUCGGGCAUUGUCGACGAUGAUGAUGGCGAUCGAGAAGUAUUUGAAGACGACAUAACAGUUGAUGAUGAAGGCGACGAAAUUGACGACCAGGACGAUGUUAUAGCAGGAUCAUUUGGAACAAGAAAUGAACAAAUGCGUGAUUCAAUCUCAGAAAUGUCAUUUGCAUCCCCGCCCGACUCGGGCGACAAUAUGCAUUUUUCGGAGACUUUUCAUUCCACCAAUCAACUGUUUUCCGAGUAUGCAAAACACGAAGAUUCAAAAUUCGAUCUGCCGUCAGGGUUCGUUACAUCAACUCCAAUGCGCCAUUCUAAUGAUUUUGAUAAACUAAACAAAUCAUUGUCUACAUCAGCAGAACCUACCACCGUUACGUCUACUGAUUCGCAAGCCUCAUCACUGAAGCCCAACAAAACAUCAAUGUUCAACAAUUCUUAUGAUACAUUCUAUUCGCUACUUGCCAAAGACAAAAAACUGGAAGCUGAAAUCCCGAAAUGCACUGGAUGUGAACAUCAUAUAUUCGACAGAUUUAUUCUGAAAGUUCAAGAAAAGCCAUGGCAUUCGCAUUGUCUAAAAUGUAACGAUUGUUCCGUACAGCUAUCAGAUAAAUGUUUUUCUCGUGGAAAUAUGGUCUUUUGCAAAGAUGACUUUUUCAAGCGUUUUGGUUCAAAGUGUACAGCAUGUGGUCAUGGAAUUCCACCCACCGAGGUAGUAAGACGUGCUCAAGACAGCGUUUAUCACUUGGAAUGCUUCCGAUGCUUUUUGUGUCAUGAAAAAAUGGGAACUGGUGACCAAUUUUACUUGCUCGAAGACAACAGACUCGUUUGCAAGAAAGACUACGAGCAAGCCAAGUCAAGAGAUGCAGAAAUUGAAAAUGGUAUCAAGCGACCACGGACAACUAUCACAGCAAAGCAACUCGAAACUUUGAAGAUAGCUUAUAACCAGAGUCCAAAGCCCGCUCGACACGUGAGGGAGCAAUUGAGUUCUGAAACUGGACUUGACAUGAGAGUAGUGCAGGUUUGGUUCCAAAACAGAAGAGCAAAAGAGAAACGUAUCAAAAAAGACGCAGGAAGACAACGAUGGGGACAUUUUUUCUCUCGUGGACAAUUGCCUUCAGAAAAUGGCCAAGGGUCACUCGAUGUCGUUGCACCUCCGAAUAAUCGAAGAAGGUCUAAAACUACUUCAAGGGUUGGGUCAGUUUGUAAUGACCAACAAGGGAAUCCUGCUACUCAGCAGUCACCAAAUGCCGGAUUUAACUUAGUUCAUUUAGAUACCGGAAUUCAUCGAUCUGAAUUGGAAUACCAAGAAAAUUGCAUGGGGCAAAUGGAUUCAAAAAGUCCGUUUUCAGACCAAGCGUUCUCCUUCCCUGAAAUGGGAAAUCCAAACAAUUUCGGAAAUAAUUGUGUGCCCCCUCUAGAACAGGGUGCAUUUCCGAACUGCGCCCCAGCUGCACCCCAUCAAGGAAUAAACCCAGUUGCAUUUCAGAACCUCCCUCCCCAAAUUGGAGUUAUGGGUUUCACAAACGAUGGAAAACUUGCCACCAAUCAUAGUUAUCAACAAGUUCAAAGCAUCGGACAUGAAAACGCUUUCAUGAUGGGACAAAAUGAAGCGGAAGCGGGGUCAAACUCCAGUGGAAGAUCCAAUUUCAGUGACUUUUCUACCAGCCCCGGUUCCUGGCUUGGAGAAAUCGAACACGUCCACCCAUUUUGAGCUAUUAUUUGAGAGACAUUGAAUGUCAACUCUGACUCGAAAUCGCUCUCGGGCCGUAAAAGAUCUCUCCACACAAGGAGUAACAUGAAUCCGGGACGUCAUUCAUGAAACCAAAGAAGCAUUUCACUGUUAUGUUACUUGUAAAACUCUUGUUCCAAAAUGAAUGAGCGAUAUCGUCAGCAAAAUUGCAACUUUAUUAUUAUUUUUGAUAUAAACUUCGUUUUCUAGAAUCACAGAAAGAGCAAAAUAUUCUGCUAGAAUUUCCACCACGUGUUAUCAGAGAGAAAUUAUACAAAUUACGCAAUAUUAGACAAUUUAAAAAAUAAUUAUAGAAAUACCUAUACAUUAUACAACCAUGCUGCCUGAUGGCGCCAAUUAGGUAUGGCUAAACAAUUGUGGAUUGAUGUGUGAAAAUGUUUUAUUCACUUUUCAUUGUCGAACUAAAUAGCCGCUGAGGCUAAAUAUAACAUUUUGCUAGCGUAAAUCCGAUACAUAACCUAAUGCAGUCUAGCUAACACGCACACUUCUCGACACUCAAGUACUACAUAAAUAUUCUGCUUUUAUUUGCCAUGUCUCGAACUUUUUAUUUUCACUUUCUGCAGUUCAUAGCAAUUGCUAUUUUUCUUCAAGAUAAAUAAGAUAAUUUUUACUAUUUUGCAAUUGUGAAUUAAUAUAACACAAAUAUAAAUAAUACUUAUUUCCUGAAAGCUGUGAUCAUUUUUUUCUGCUCCCACAAACUGUGAUAUACACGAUAUUUUCUUUUUCCGAUUAUGGCUUGUGCAUUAUAUUUCAUUACCAUGACCACCAUUUGCACAACGAUUGUAGAUUUGCAUUUGGAUGUAAUGAACUCUCACUACUAAAAGUGAAUAAUGUGACUCUACACAGAUUCCAUGUCCUACUUUCAAUAUCAUAUACCUCUUUUCGCAUUCAUUCAACUUUAACUUAUAGAUUACCAUCAGUGAUAGCGCAAAAGACUUAUUGUGUGUUACUGCAGUUUAUUUAUUCAUUACCUUUCUUUGUUCGCAAAUUUUGCUUUUUGUGUCUGCAUUUCAUAAUAUAUUUCAAAGUACUCUUUGAAAAGCGCGUUCUAUUU